GCGGUCAACCUGCAGCAGGCUUUCGCUUCCAUGAUCAAGAAAGGAGACCCCCAUCUCGGUGAGGCCACUGUUAUUGCAAUGCUUGCGAUACUCGGGUCAAGGUAACCUCACCAUGCUCAGGACUGUCUUUCUCUAUAUCGCCCUCCACAUCAUCCAAACGGCGGCCUGGCAAGUGCCCGCAGACUAUGCCAUCACUCCGUCCCCCGACGGCCGGUUCCUGCAGCAAUCGAAUGGAGCGCCAUUCUUCUGGCAGGCAGACACGGCGUGGCUGUUGUUCCAUCGCCUCAACUACAGUGAGGCCGAGACAUAUCUGUCGGAUCGAGCGCGCAAGGGAUUCACCGUGGUCCUCGCCGUGGGCUUCACGCAGGAAGGGAUUGCCAGUCCCAACUGCAAUGGGGAUCUGACUUUCAUCGACGAAGAUGUGACACGGCCGAACGAGGCCUACUGGGCGUAUAUCGACUCCAUCGUGUCCCUGGCAUGGAGCAAAGGCAUUCGUAUCUGUAUGGUGCCCGCCUGGGGCAAGUUUGUGCACGGCAGCGACAACUCGGCUAGCGUUCUCAACGCUACGACCGCGCCGACCUUCGGGAAGUUCAUCGGCCAGCGGUAUCCCUACCUCCCCAAAACCCUCGUCGCCGACACCAACCCGUACUGGCAGAAUAAGACUGCCGUCAAGGCCGACUAUUCCCGCGGGGGUGUCCCACCGACCUACGAGGUGAUCGACUGGUCGCCCGUCUACGAUGCGCUGGCCGAAGGGAUCGUAGCCGGCGAGCGACAAGCACUCUCUGCCUCAUCGUCGCCAUCGGCGGACGACUGGUGGCCCCUGAUGACCAUCCACCCGACCAACCAGUGGUUCACGGGAGGACCGAUCGCGCUGGCGCACGCGUUCUUGGGGAACCGCAGCUGGCUCACGCUGGACAGCAGUCAGUCGGGCCAUGCGGACUAUGCGCCCAACCCUCCGAUCCCGUGGUGGAAUUGCCGUCGCGGCUGGGAGCCUGUGGAGCUCAUGUAUGCGGCGGGCUCACAAGCCGGCGGUCGCCCGCGGCCGGUGAUUGACAACGAGGCGCACUACGAGCAUCGGUACAAUAAUGGCAACCACAACGCUUCCUACUGGAAUGCCAGCGACGUGCGCAUCGGCAGCUGGCAGGCGGUGUUCUCCGGCGCAGCGGGCCUCACGUACGGGGCCAACGCGGUGCAGCAGAUGGCCAUCCCCGGAUUAUUUCAGUCGGAUGGGAGUGGCCCCGGGGACAACUGGGCGACGGACCUCGUGCUCCCCGGGUCGAGUCAGAUGCAGUGGAUCCAGAAGGUGGUGAUGGACCGCGGAGCGUCGAGCUAUUUCCGGCGCGUGCCUGCGCAGGAUCUCCUGGUGGGCGAUGUGGGCGCGGAUGACGCUCGGGUCACGGCCACGCGCGAUCGGGACGGCGGCUGGAUUCUGGUGUAUACCCCCACGGGGAAGUCAUUCCAGGUCGACACGCGGAGCUUGAAGUCCUGCGCGGUGCAGGCGAGCUGGUAUGAUCCGCUGCGGGGGGUGUAUAGUCGGUUUGAUUACACCCAGUGUGAACAGAGCUUGGUUCGAAGCUUCAUGCCCCCGACUGCUGGGGAUCAUGUGGAUUGGGUGUUGGUGCUGGAGGUAUUGGAUUGA